UGACUGUUUCGUGAGGUAGGUUUGCCCCACCACUGUCUUCUUCAUUCUCACCGGGACAUGUGACGUCACGACCCUGCCGGUCUUUCUAUGGUAUCGAGCAGGCGACAGGGGAAGGAGUCAAGAAUCUCACUUUCGUGGAGCUGAACGAAGUCUGUCUGAGUGAUAGGAUAGCAUCCACUGGAUCCUCCAUCAAACUUGAGAAGAUAAUCUGUGUCCUGUCGCGUGUAUCGGAACAGGAGAAUCCGGACACCUGGACGAUUAAUCGUUGAACGUGUAUUUAUACGUUUUUAUUUGAUGUGAAUGUUGGACUGAACAGACGAGUGUUAGCCGUUAACUAUGGCUAAUGCAGCGUUAGCAGUUACCGAGUGCCAGUAACGUUAACGUUAGCUAAGAUUUUAGCCGACGUUAUACCCCUCAGCUUCACAAGCUAUCGUAAAACUCAUGUUAGAUUUUUAACGAUAACAACAGGUUUUAGGUAGUGUCACAAUAAUUGUCGACCUCUUGAUUUUAAAGUAACGUCAAAUCCAGUAACGUUAUCUUACUGUAAUCAACUACAGCUAACAAGCUAGCUGGUUACCUAGCUAGCGAGGCUAGGUAACGCGGGUUGCAGGCUAGCUAGCGAUAUCUAGCUCAAUGUGAAAGGUCUCGUUUGUGACAACUUACUCUGUAAUGCGUCCCUGUCAUACUGCCUAAUCGUUUUUUAAACAAACAGUCGUUUUGGAGAAUGCUGUUUGUGUAGCUUGUAGUUGCUGUCGCUGUCUGUCUAAUUUGUCCUUUUAGAAAACUGAUAUUGGCACCGUUAGCAGCUACCGUAGUUGAAACGGUAACUCAACGCUAGCUAACGUUAGAGAAAACAAUAAUUGGCCUUGAGAUAGUGGCUUGUCAGUAGGGUUACAACACCCCUCAAACAUUACUGGACAGGACAUCGCCGUCUUUUUUUACUGAACGUUACUUAAAUCUCGAGUACCCAAGCAGUCCCGGAGGAGCUGCGGGGUUGGAGCAUGUCAGGGCGACCCAGAACCACUUCCUUCGCGGAGAGCUGCAAGCCAGUGCCGCAGCCCUCAGCCUUCGGUAGCAUGAAAGUCAGUCGAGAUAAGGAUGGCAGUAAAGUGACCACAGUAGUGGCUACUCUGGGCCAGGUUCCGGACAGGCCUCAGGAGGUCAGCUACACAGACAUCAAGGUGAUCGGCAAUGGCUCCUUUGGCGUGGUGUACCAGGCCAAGCUGUGCGACUCCGGAGAGAUGGUGGCCAUCAAGAAGGUCUUGCAGGACAAGCGAUUCAAGAACCGUGAGCUGCAGAUCAUGCGGAAGCUGGACCACUGCAACAUCGUGCGCCUGCGUUACUACUUCUACUCCAAUGGAGACAAGAAGGACGAGGUGUAUCUGAACCUGGUGCUGGACUAUGUUCCAGAAACGGUGUACCGCGUCGCCCGACACUACAGUCGAGCCAAACAGAUGCUCCCCAUGAUCUACGUCAAGCUGUACAUGUACCAGCUGUUCCGCAGUCUGGCCUACAUCCACUCGUAUGGCAUCUGCCACCGGGACAUCAAACCCCAGAACCUGUUGCUGGACCCUGAGACUGCUGUCCUCAAGCUCUGUGACUUUGGGAGUGCCAAGCAGCUGGUGCGCGGGGAGCCCAACGUGUCCUACAUCUGCUCACGCUACUACAGGGCGCCCGAGCUCAUCUUCGGAGCCACCGACUACACAUCCAGCAUAGACGUGUGGUCAGCGGGCUGCGUGCUGGCAGAGCUGCUGCUGGGGCAGCCCAUCUUCCCCGGGGACAGUGGCGUCGAUCAGCUCGUGGAGAUCAUCAAGGUUCUGGGCACCCCCAGUAGGGAGCAGAUCCGUGAGAUGAACCCCAACUACACAGAGUUCAAGUUCCCCCAGAUCAAAGCACACCCCUGGGCUAAGGUGUUCCGGCCCCGCACCUCUCCGGAGGCGAUGGCUCUGUGCUCGCGGCUCCUGGAGUACCCGCCGUCCUCCCGCUACUCCCCGCUGGAGGCGUGCGCCCACUCCUUCUUCGACGAGCUGCGCGAGCCCAACACUAAGCUGCCCAACGGCCGCGACAGACCGGCUCUCUUCAACUUCACCACUCAGGAGUUGUCCGGUAAUCCAUCUCUGGCGUCCAUCUUGAUCCCUGCUCACGCUCGCACCCCUGCUGGCUCCAGCCCCGCUGGAUCAACCAACGCAGACUCUAGUGGUGAGCAUGGCCAGACCAACGCUGCCUCUUCCUCCAACCCUGCGUCCUGAGUAGCCGGGCCCCUCCGCCCACCCCCAUGAGCAGGCCAAUCCUGCGUCGCUCUCUGACCACACCUGUGGUCCCACAGCCACAGCUGGGUUGCCCUCUUUCAAAUCAAAACAAGCAAAAAAAAAAAAAAAGAACUCAAGGAACAUAGAAGAGCCAUCAUAAUGUCAACCCCACCCCCUAUCCUUACCCCUCCAACACACACACACACACUCUCCCAGCUCCCAAUGAUGUGUUUUUACUGCUGUUUAUCCAGUCAUUUUUUGUUAUUGUUGUCAUUGCUGUUAUUGUCAUUAUUUAUUUGUACAAAAGGACAUCUGUGAUGUGUGGAAGCUGCUCUUCUCCCCAGAUCUCAAUGGAGGAUUUGACUGUCAGAAUAGUGAAAAGCAUGACACGUUCAACUGGACGCUGCUAACGUGAAGAACGUGAUCAUAGCUUCAUUCACACUGACAAACUGAUGUCUGCUUAUUUUACUCUGAGAAUGCAAGCUGGAUGUAAGACCAGCUUUCAUUGCCUACUGACAGUGGACAGUGCCGUAGAGGACCCAAUGUUUCCAUCUAGUGGCCGAAGGCCCCGCAUCACCCUCAAACCUACUCUCCAAAAGUCUCCUUUGUAUGCUUGGCAAUUGAUGCCUGUCACCCCUCUGCCCCAGACAAGACUGUAACCGGAAAACAUUCUGACCUCCAGCCUCUGUUGGAGAGAGGGUUGGGUGGUGGAUCCUCAAAAAUGGGUGCUGAAAGUGGAGUGUUACUUCAUUUGUAUGUGUUUUUUUUUUUCUCUUCUUUUUUUUUUAAACCACUUUAGCAGUCUUCCUGCAGUCCACUCCCAUCAGGUCAUUGAAACACAUUAGCCUACACGUUUAACUAUUUCACCAAACUGAAUUUUGUGUGUGUGUGGGUGUGCGCGUGUGCCUGUCUGCACCUGUGUAUGUGUGUGCGUGCCUGUCUGUCUGUUCUUGUGCAAGUCUGCAUGCGUUGCCCAUGAGCUCUAAGCAAGCAGACCCCUUUUAGUGAGAGAAAAGAAAAAUGAAGACAAAUCAGGGCAAAAAGAGUGUAGAUAUCCCAACACGUCACCACAUACCGUAUUAUGGUUGCAUCGGCCACAGCACCACACGAGUUUGGAGUGCCUUUAACACACACACACACAACUGCACACGCUCAAGCACACGUUCCGUCUGAUUUUUGUUUCGUGUGUACAAUAUGUGUGUGAAACUGUAUGUCCGUGCUCAGCGGUGUCUAGGUGAGAUGCUGGUGGUUGUGCUGGCGCUUGUCCUGUUACUGUGGAACUGCAUAGUGUCACCAUCAGCUCUCCCCGCGGGCACGUUGAAACAGUCGUAGAUCACGGCCCUCCGUAGUUUUAAUCUGCAUAAGCCUCAUCACGAGCUGGACCUUCAUAGUCGCUGAGGAACAAUGAUGUAAUGGCUGAUAGAAGUCGAGCUUUAGCGUCAAAGGGUUGCAUGUCUCAAAUGGAGGUGCCCUUUGGGUCGUGUCAGUGUGUCUGGGUGCGCUUGCAAUUUCAUCAGAAGUGUAUGCAAGGUAUGCUUGCUGUAGUAUUUGGCACCCGUUCCUCUGCUCCUGGUGGUCAUCCCUAACCAUGAUGCUCAACACACGCAGAAGCUGGAUCACCUUCAAAGGACAGGAUGAGGUGAUUGUAUUGAAAAGCAGCAGGCCCAUUUGCGGCUUAAAAGAAACAAAACGGUGUUCUCUCUAUACUUGAAUUGUUUUUUUUUGUUUUUGGAUACGGCUGUAUGCUUCCUGAGUUAACCUCUGACAUCCAUGUAAAUACAUCUGGUUCUGCUUUCAUGUGUCACUUAAUUCAGAGCAGUAGGUUUAUGGUACUGCGUUCAAUAAAGUGUAGGAUAGCUUGGAAACACUA